AUGCGCAGCCAGUGCAAGAAGAUGGCGGAGAGUGCGGAACUGAAGCAAAUGGUAAUGAGCCUUCGAGUUUCGGAGCUCCAGGUGUUGUUGGGAUAUGCAGGGCGGAAUAAGCACGGGCGCAAACAUGAACUUUUGACCAAAGCUCUUCACCUAGUCAAGGUUGGUUGCAGUCCUGCUGUGCAGAUGAAAAUCAAGGAGCUCUACAGACGGCGCUUCCCAACCAAAAUGGUUUCACCAGUGGACCUUGCUCUACCUGGUGUGCAUUCUGCCUCCAGCCUGCCUGCUGGCCUUGCCCAGCUGGGGUUUGACAGCCACGGUUCCCCGUCACCUCUUCUCCCUGUCUCUUUACUUGGGCCUAAGCAUGAGUUAAGUCUGCCUCACCUCCCCUCUGCCCUGCAUCCGGUACACCCUGAUGUCAAACUCCAGAGACUGCCUUUUUACGACGUACUGGAUGAGCUCAUUAAGCCAACUAGUUUGGCCUCAGACAAUGGUCAGCGGUUCCAGGAAUCAUGUUAUGCCUUUGCAUUAACACCACACCAAGUUCAACAGAUUAGCAGCUCCAUGGACAUAUCUGGGACCAAAUGUGACUUUGCUGUUCAAGUCCAGUUAAGGUUUUGUUUAUCAGAAACAAGCUGUCCACAGGAGGAUCACUUCCCCCCUAAUCUGUGUGUAAAGGUGAACGGCAAACCCUGUAAUCUCCCGGGUUAUCUUCCUCCCACCAAAAAUGGAGUUGAACCAAAAAGGCCCAGUCGUCCAAUUAAUUUAACUUCACUUGUCCGACUGUCCACCACAGUCCCCAACACCAUUGUGGCGUCAUGGACUUCAGAAAUCGGCAGGAGUUUUUCCAUGGCCGUUUAUUUGGUGAGACAGCAGUCAUCUGCAGUUUUAUUGCAAAGACUACGGGGCAAAGGAACUAGGAACCCUGACCACUCAAGAGCUCUGAUUAAAGAGAAACUGACCGCUGAUCCAGAGAGCGAGAUUGCCACCACCAGUCUACGAGUGUCUCUCCUUUGCCCACUGGGGAAGAUGAGGUUGACAAUUCCCUGCAGAGCGAUUACAUGCUCACACCUUCAGUGUUUUGAUGCCACACUUUACAUCCAAAUGAAUGAGAAGAAACCGACGUGGGUCUGUCCAGUCUGUGACAAGAAGGCACCGUAUGAACACCUCAUUAUUGAUGGGUUGUUUAUGGAAAUCUUGAAUAGUUGUUCUGAUUGUGAUGAAAUCCAAUUUAAAGAAGAUGGAAACUGGUCCCCUAUGAGGUCAAAGAAAGAGGUGCAGGAAGUGUCUGCUUCAUACAAUGAUUUGUCUCGAACAGAAGCACAUGAGCAAAAACGGGGAUCAUCUAGUGAUAACAACAAGAAGGUUGAUGUGAUUGACCUGACACUGGACAGUUCUUCCGAAGACGAACUAGAGGAUGAGCCGCCUCUUAAAAGGCCCUGUCCCUCCCUGUCACCCGUCUCUCCACCUCCAAACAAGGGAGCCAUGAACCUACACAGCCAGGCCUCACCUGUGGCCAGAGCUCCCAGCAUGCCUCCUGUGGAGACAAGCUACAUUCCUCCGCCUCCACCUCUUAUCCAGGACUACCGCCACUAUUAUCACACAGCCAGUGACCUGCCAGAUCUGAAUUUCUUCUCCUUCCUCCAAGGCGACAAUCAGCAUUACAACAUGGUGAUGGCUGCCGCAGCGGCUGCAUCUGUGACAGAGGACCACGAGCUGCUUCUCAACCGUUUCCUGCCCUACGGCUCCUCUCAGAUGUUACGGGAGCAGCCUGGCACUCCUGGCAGCAGCACUCUGGCAGCCACAAAUGGGGGCAGCAACAGCGGCAGCACCAGCAGUUUGGUUUCUUCCAGCAGCCUGCGGGACCGCGAUAAAGACAGAGAACGAGACAGAGACAGGGACAGCCACACCAUCUCAGGAUUGUCUAGAUCUUCAGUGGAAGCUGCUGCGGCAGCGGCGGCCAUUUACGGCUCCAUAUCUGAUGUUAUCUCUCUUGACUAGAUCACACAGAACUGAAAGACAAGGCGGACCCUAAGAACAGGAGUUCUUUGUAAAUAAGGAAGAGGAAGAUGAAAGAAUACAGUCCUAUGUACAGAGAGGAAAAUCUAUUUUCAAUUUUACUUAUCAUAUGUAUAUAGACUUAGGACGCUUCUUGUCCAGUUAGUUACUUCAGUUGAUAUUUUUCUGUGAAUACUGAAGACUUUUUCACACCUCUUCAUGUGGUCCUUUGAUUAUAUUGUAUCUUUUGUACCUGGUUUUUACAGUUUUAUUUCGAUAUUCCAUGUCAAUGGCAUUAUUUCAGUAUGUUACAUGCACACAACCCGAUAAGGUGACACCUUAUAGAACGUGAUGUUCAGAAUAUAAAGAAAAUGGGCAUUGUUAUAGAUGUACAAAAGACAAGUCACAGCGAAACAGAAAAAUGUGUAACACUUCUGUCAACAGUUAUUUGGGAGCAGAACGAUCUGGCCGUUUAUGCCAUCACUGUAGAUUUUUAUGUAAGACAUUCAUGCUGUGGUCAUAUUAUUUUUAAGAAAUUAUUUAUAAUGUAAGUUAUGUUGGAUGUGUGCUGUUUUUUUUUGUUUUUUUUGUUUUUUUUUUAAAAGAAGCAUUCCCUAUGCCUCUAGGAACUGUUGCCACUAUUAUUGCAAACGCUAAAUCCUUCUUUUGUCAUAUCUCUUCCUCUUAAUUUCUUCCAGUCAAAUUAAACACAAACAUUUUAGUAUGAGUUCAGACUGAACGUAACAUACAUUACAUAUUAUUUGGGAGUAAGUCAGUAUUGUAAGACCAGGCUUUUUAGUGUGUGAAUGAGUGGCACUACUCAAGCAGCCUUCUCUUGUCAAAUAACACAAUUGGACUGUUAUACACAUCAGAGAUUUGCAGUAUUCUGUAUUUGUUUUAAAGUACAACUGUUCAUUAUUUUUACAGUAAAAUAUACACAGAAAACUACAGUGAAGUGGCUAGUGAACAUCGACAAAUUCCCACUUUCAAGACAAGGCUUGUUUCAGGUCUAAUUGAAGUAUUUAUUUUAAGCUAAAACGUGUUCAUUGAUUGCAAGUGGGUGAACUACAUUUCAUAGUAUUUUUUUGUUUGAUUUUAGCACUUGCUUUUUUACCUUAAGGUUGUGUGGAGCAGUGAAGAGUUCACAGUUGCAGUAAAAUCAUGAGUAGUUUUCAGCUUUGCAUGUCUCUCAAUACCUGAAAGCUCACCUGUUUGUGUGCUUUUCUGGUCCUCAGUGAGUCCACAGGAUGCAUAGCCCUUUUUUGUUGUUCAGUGUAUCUACAGCAGCCUCAUUUUGGCCCAGAAGUUUAAAACCAUUGACGUUUUCAUGGACGCAUCCCCUUGCUUUAUAUUUCUUUACUUGUGCUUACAAUUAGAAUUAUUUAUUAUCAUAUGUGUUUUCAGCAUUUGUUUGAUUCGUGGAUUACGCAUUGCUGUCAUUGUAUGUGAUAUUUCAUUUGUAAUUAUAUAAUUAAUGCUAUUUAAAGAUGUCAUUGUUGCUUGACAUGCAUUGUAACAUUUUUUGUUUGUCUGUCGUUUUAUUAUCAGAUGAUGUCAAUAACUCAUGUGAGGCUUUGAUCAUUUUGAACCGCUACAAGGUCUACUGUGCUGUUUGAUAUUUGUAAGAAUUAAACCCAUUUAAGAAAGUG